AUGCGCCUGUUUCAGCUGUGCUGUUGUUCGGAGCUCCUAGGAGGCGUCGUUGUCGGGCGUGGAGCCGCUGAUGCAAAAGAUACAGAUUUCGCUGUUGAGCAACUUCAGGUUAUGGCGUCAAAAAGCGGCAGUAUAAAAGAAGCAGCUGCGCGGCUGGAGGCAGUGAACCAACUAUGCACUCAUUUUGAAGCCUAUAGAGAUGUGCCCAAGAUAACAGAGCUGAGAGAGAAAUUCAAGAAUAUCAAGAAAAUCCUCAAAUCUCAUGUAUUUUCAGAUUUUUCAAGCUUAGGAACUGGGAAGGAAACAGAAGAUCCCAUGCUAUUACAGCAGCUAUCUGAUGCUUGCUUGGUGGUUGAUGCAUUGGAGCCAUCUGUAAGGGAAGAACUAGUGAAGAACUUUUGCAGCAAGGAACUCACCUCAUAUAGGCAGAUCUUUGAAGGAGCAGAACUUGCCAAAUUAGACAAGACCGAAAGAAGAUAUGCGUGGAUUAAACGUCGACUAAGGUCAAAUGAAGACACCUGGAAAAUAUUUCCACCUUCGUGGCAUGUCGACUAUCUGCUGUGUAUCCAGUUCUGUAAGAUUACAAGGAAGAAAGAUGGGAAACAGGGAAGGAAGUCAAACGAACAUUCUAUCAAGCAGCAUGCAGGUUUUCUUGGUGAUCAGAAAAAGCUUAAAGCGGUGCAGCGCAUUGACAAAGAACCAAACAUUGUUCAGCUUAUUUCAGGUGGCCUCAUGAUUGUAUUUCCUAAACUGGCAUGCAGGGCUACUGGUUUCAGUAUCCAGUAUCACCUUUUCUUGUUUACUAUCUUUGCUACUGAGCUUUAUGCAUCAGUGGGAAGCUACAGGGCAGUAUUUCAAAGAAUACCAAGGCCUAUGCUUGCUAAGUUAUAUGCCAGAUUACCAAAAGGUGGAACUGGUAUCGUUGCAGCUGCCACUGGUACCGAUGGGCAGAUCAGGACCUCGGACAGGGGCGAGAGAAUGAUAUGCUACAUCGUCAACACUGCUGAAUAUUGUCACCAGACAUCCGGUGAACUAGCUGAGAAUGUUGCUAAGAUGAUUAACCCUCAGUUUGCUGACAAGGUGGACAUGUCUGAAGUUCAGGCGUUGGUGAUCAAUCAGAGUAAGAUUUUACUGGAUCCCCUAUGUUAUUCUGUUGCAUCCUUUGCUGAUAUUCGUUCUGUGUGCUUUGAACCUCAAAAGGACUACUGGCCAUACGCUUUAGUCCACGUCCUUGAUGAGAAAUGUUAUAAUACUGGAGUCUGUCACAUGUCAUAUUGUAGCAAUGAUGUCAUGCAUUUUUGUAGCUGUGGUUCAGGUGGAGUUUGGUUGGUGGUGCAGGGUUAUAGUACAUUGAAAUGUCAUUUAUUAGCAUGUGAGCACGCAAAAAUGGCGUUGCGCGUUGAACAGAUGUUUGAGUUUCUUUUAGAUUCACUCUUGCGUGCCAGAUAUGUGAAUGGUAUCAGCUCUAUUCUGUCAAGCAGUAUUCCUGUGCUUGGUACCCUGCUUUCACCUACUUACUUCCAGUAUUUCCUGGACAAACUUGCAGCCUCUCUUGGUCCUCGGUUUUAUCUCAACAUAUACAAGUGCAAACAUAUAUCAGAAACUGGUGCACAGCAGAUGCUUUUGGACACCCAAGCAGUCAAGACUAUUCUCCUAGACAUCCCAGCUCUUGGAAAACAGAGCACAGGUGCAGCUAGCUACUCAAAGUUUGUCAGCCGGGAAAUGAGUAAAGCUGAAGCACUACUUAAGGGCUUGAAGAAAGCAGACCAACAAACUAUCCUGGAGGACUUCAACAAACACGCCCCUGCCCCAGCCCCCGCCAUCAAACACCCUGUCGUUGCUCCGACGGUCGCCCCACCAGUUGCCACAGCAUCUGUCCAGAUAGUAACUUCGGUGGCAACUCCAGCCGUUUCAAUUACACCAAGCAUGGUCUCCUUGAAGGGAGCACUGGCGAACCAAGAGGACGUUCUCGCACGAGCUGCCGCGCUUGGGCGCGGAGCAGCCACCACGGGUUUCAAGAGGUUCCUUGCAUUGACGGAGGCGGCCAAAGAUCGGAAGGACGGGCCGUUCCGCAAGCUCUUCAACGCGUAA